AUGUCCAAAACUUUCUUGUGGAGCCUGGAAGUGUAAAUCUGUUCUAUAGUGGGGAGGGGGCAGCCUAUGGUUCUAGAGGUGGAAGGACGACCAAUCACGAAGAAAAGGAUCUGGUGAGAUGGCUGACUGAGAGCUGAGGCGUGCGGCUGAACAGGUUGAGCUCGGCUGGAGAGCAAAGGACACCGUGGGUGAAGGUCCUUAUCAGCUGGGACUUGGACGGUGAUUGGACGUGACGAGGCUUGGUCCAGCGUUGACAAGGCCGACAUCUGUAGGCGGGUCACUUCAAUUAGCAGGUCCCGGUGGGGGAGUGGAGGGGGAAGAGUCUUCCAGUUUGAAUUUGCGCCUAGGCUUCAUUUUGGGAUCUGUAGUUUUUUGUGUUACCAGCAUUUCAUAUCGCCGGGCCAUUAGUAACAAUAAUAUAAUGAUCUUGCGGGCUGGAUAUAAUUGCAAGCCAGGCCUGAUGUGACCUGCGGGCCUUGAGUUUGACACAUAUGGUCUAACAGUCUUCUAUUGACUACUGGUUAGUAUCUGACUCCUUAAAAGCCAAUAACAUCAUUGUCAAUAUUCUUCCCACUCUGCUCACAGAUCAUAAAGCAAUAUAUAUUUAGAUAAAUCUGUCUGGUAACCAUUCACAGAAUAGGAAAGCCUACUGGAUCCUAAACAACUCUUCACUUAAGUUAGGAAUUGAUCAUCUUUUUGACAUUGCUGGAUUUUACAUGCAUUAUGAUUUAUGGAUUCUUUCAUUAUAACUAUCAUCACACUGUCUAUAAUGAUAAAAGUUGAUGUUUUAAUAAAGGUGCUGUGAUGGUCCAAAUGUGUGCACUCUGAUGUUCAGCUUAUUAAGUUGCCAUGGCACCAAUGCAGUUAAACUUUAAGCUAAAUGUUUAUUCUUUUCUCUUUACUUUCAGGACUGAUAGACAGUUUUUAUCUGUAAAACAAAGACAGGCUCAAUGGUUCUGCUGCCACGACCCUGGUGGGUAAAUGUCCCAGACAGACACCUUAUAUAUAUAUAUAUACAGUAUGUAUAUACUGUAUAUAUAUAUAUGCAUUAUAAUAGCAAAAGCUGUAAUGCUCUACUUGAGAAAGUGCAUCUAUUCAGCCUCUCCUUGACAAUCAUUCAACAAUUCUGAGUGCCACACUACCAGACAGGAAAAGAAAAAAUAGGAACUGGAAGAUAAAGCUGCUACUCUUUCACUUAUCAAAACAAAUGCUUCAAUAUUUCAUCCUUUUCUUUCAGAGAGAAGCUGAAUGGUUUAGAGUUUGACCCACAAUGGAGGAGCCCAGAUCUGACAACUCAGAGGAUAUUUAUGGUGAGGAAGACGAGGGCCCUCCUUCAGCAUACACUGACUGUGAGGCUGACUAUCAAAAGGCUGCUACAGAUGAUGAAGAAGAAAAGGACCCAGGAUCAACAACAUGUGUCGACUGUGAAGCUGAUUAUCAUGAAACGGGUACAGAUGGUAAAGCUGUUUGCCGUCAUGUUAAGACAACACAGUAUAAGAUCAGCCAUGAGUUAAUUUCUCAGCCUCUGGAGACUCCUGUUGGUGAAAUGGAGAACCACAUUGUGAUCAACUGCAGGGAGGAAGAAACGUUACAAGAGACAACAGAGACAAAUGACUGGACAGAAAUCAGUGACCUGCCUGGAAAACAAAACCUUGAGGAAGAAAGGAAAACACAAAAGACCAACCUUGAGAGGCUUUUGGAAGAUUUGGGCUUGGAGCAGUACCACAGAGAGAAGUUAUCAUUAAGCAAAAUACUUGGGAUUGAUGAGAAGACGAUCACUGAUGACCUGGGCGACUGUAAAUCAAAUAUCCCGUUGAAUUUUCUCAAGAAAUUAGUGAUGGUUAAUGUGACUGCUAGGAACGUAAAAGGUGUAUCAUGUGACUUGAGUAAUGAAUCUUCUGAGUCAAACUGUGAUGAUGAAUCAGAGAGUACAGAGAGCAAUUUUGAGGACCUGUUUGAGAGCCCAAAUAAGACUGAAACAUUUAAUCCUCUUGAUAUAAUGACUGCUCUCCUUUUGUGUUCUGAUGGGUUUGUUCAGCAAGAGUUAGCUCUAAAAAUGUCCAUGUGUCAGUUCUCUGUUCCUCUGCUGCUUCCUAACUGUGAUACACAGCAGUGCACCCUCAUGCUGUGGGCCAUGAGAGACAUUGUUAAGAAGUACAGACCUUCAAAUCUUUCAGAAUCAAAAGGUUUCCUAGAAGAAAGAAUAGUUCUUUCUGAACUUCCAAUGAUCUCAUUUGUGAGACUGGGUGAGUGCUCUCUGUCCAAAUCAGAGAUCCUCAAUAAACUUCUGAGUAACUCUCAGCAAUACCAUGACACCUUUGUUCACCGUGACAUGGAGUGUGGAGACAUUCAGAGAAGAAUAUCCAAUGGACUGACUGAAAUGACCUGGUACCUUCCCUGUGGAAACAAAAACAUGGACAUCUUCAGUGAACCAGUUGCUAUAGCUAACCUUCGUGGAGACAUUGCUUCAUUUGAAACUCAAUUCUCCUUUUUGUGUCAGACAUCUGCUGCAGUUUUUGUUUUCUUUGAGCAGCUGGACGGUGAACUGCUGAUGAACAUAAACCAUAAAGCUCAAAUCUUCUUAGUAGGAAACCAACAGAACAAGAGCCUUACUCCAGAUGUUCUGAAGAAACUAGCAACCAGGUUGAACUUGACAAAAAACAAUAUAAUUAUAAAAACUGACAAAACAAAUGAUGCAGAUUUUGUCAAAUCUUUGAAAAAAGUUGUGAGCAGUGUACUUACCAAACCACAGUUAAAGAUGUCAGUAGAGCAGAUGGCUGAUGUUGCAUAUGAAUUAGGAAUUCCAGUUGAUGAAGAUUCUCCAGAGUGCCAGGCUGGAAAGAAAAAUGCAGAUGCCAUCACUGCAGAGAUUAAAGACACUUUUCAAUUCAAAGAAAAUCAGUUUCCUUUGCAAGGUCAAAUAUGGAAGGAACUGACAUUUUUGGAAAAGGAAGAAUUUCAUCUCCGAAACAUUGGUUCUGAAAAUAUAGAAAACUAUAAGAGCAACCUUAAAAAGAAAAAAGAAGAGCAACGUGAAAAACAAAAUUCCUAUGCAAUGUCAAGUGUAAUGACAUGCUUCAUUAGUGCAAUAUCCAGGCCACAUAGAGAAAGGUGUUAUUUUCUUAAAUGGAUGAGAAUGAACCUCGACAAUUUAUCUCGAACAAAACUUUCUGGCCUUAGGGAGCUUUACAAGGAAAAAUGCAAAGAUUCUGAAAACAAACAGGAGAUCAAAGAAAUUGACGAACAACUUUCCAGCAGCUCACUGGGAGUUGAGCACUUCUUCCGUGAAAUGGGUCAAAUCUAUGAAGCUUCUCUUUACCUUCCAGAAACAGAUCCAUCACGUCAACAGCUGCAACAUCUGCCCAAACUCUGUGCUCAGUUGUUGCUGGAUGGAUUUCCUCUUGAGCUUGUAGAUGGAGAUGCUUCCAACAUUCCUCUCAGAUGGGUGAGUGAUGUUCUCUCUCAGCUCAAUGACUUGGUGUCUCCAAAGAACAAGAUCCUGGUCGUCACAGUUCUUGGAGUUCAGAGCACAGGGAAGUCCACUCUCCUUAACACCAUGUUUGGAGUUCAGUUUGCAGUCAGCAGUGGUCGAUGCACUAGAGGUGCCUUCAUGCUGCUCAUCAAAGUCAAUGAAGACGUCAAGAAAGUUCUCAACUGUGACUUCAUGAUGAUCAUCGACACUGAAGGCUUAAAGUCACCAGAGCUAGCACAGCUGGACAACAGCCAUGAGCAUGACAAUGAGCUGGCAACACUAGUUGUUGGUCUGAGUAAUAUCACCAUUAUCAAUAUUGCAAUGGAGAAUUCAACAGAGAUGAAAGACAUCCUGCAGAUAGUGGUGCAUGCUUUCCUCAGGAUGAAGGCGGUCGGCAAAAAGCCUCAAUGUCAGUUUGUUCACCAGAACGUUUCUGAUGUUUCAGCUCAUGAGAAGAACCUGAGAGACAGGAAGCUGCUGUUAGAACAGCUGAAUGAGAUGACCCAGGCUGCAGCUAGAAUGGAGAAGAAAGAAAAAUACAAGAACUUCACUGAUGUGAUGGAGUAUAAUCCAGACACUGGGAACUGCUACAUUCCUGGACUCUGGAAUGGAAACCCACCAAUGGCUCCAGUCAAUGCAGGAUACAGUGAGACUGUCUAUGAACUCAAGAAAAACAUCAUCCAACAGCUGGGAAAGUGUGGGUCAACUUCUAAUAACAUCUUGGAGUUCAGAGAGUGGAUAACCAGCCUGUGGAACGCAGUAAAACAUGAAAACUUCAUCUUCAGCUUCAGAAACAGCCUGGUGGCUGAUGCUUACAUGAGGCUCUGUACAGAAUACAACCAAUGGGAGUGGGAGUUCAAAAAGGAAAUGUACAAAUGGGUUACCACAGCAGAGAUAAGGAUAUCCAAUUUUGGUACAGCUGCUGCAUCAUCUGAAAUAUCUGACAUGAAUGAAUUCAUGACCGAGUUGAAAAGUGAAGCAAUCACAGAGCUGACCAAGUGGGAGACAAAGAUCCUUGAAAACCUGAAGAAAUACUUUGAUCAGCCAGAAGGUCAUGUUUAUCUGGUUGAAGGAUACAGAGAGGAUUUCUCCAACAGCAUAAAGAGUCUUCGACGACAAACUGAAAGAUCGGUUUUGAACCAGAUCACAGUAGCUGCUGAUAUCAAGCAAGGAAUGAAAGAACUCGACAAAAUCAAGGCCACUUAUACAGAAAAAAUUGAGAAAGCAGUUUAUGCUUUAAUUAAUGAAUGUCGUGAGAAGAAAGUUCAAAUGAUGGACAAAGAACUUAAUGAAUGUUUUGACAAGAUGUGGACUGAAGCAAUGAACACCUUGUCUUUCUCUGAACAGCAGACUUUAAAUGUCUUCACCAGUGUGUCCCUUCAGUUGCAGGCAAAUCUUUCACCGAAGGGAAGCCAUGCAUGUGAACUGCUGAGUAAAAAAAACCUCAAAGACUGUGGACUGGAGCCUUUUAAAUAUACCCCAAGAGGGGUGCAUGAAAACGUCAAAGUUGCCAUUAAAGGGAUUUUAACCUCGAAGAAUCUAGUCAAGGAAAGACAAGAAGUUGCUGACACAAUCAUAUCUGCUUGCAAUGACUGUGUUUGGGAUCAAAUCAAGAGAAAAACCAAUUAUCAUGAUACUUACAUCCAGGAGAUUCUUCACAUCAUUGAUGAGAGGCUGAACAAAGCUGAUGUUGACACUGACAUUGAGUUUGAAGUGUCUCUGAAACAACACAUCUGUGGAUCUGCAGCCAGAAAGUUUCAGAAAAUGCAUGAAGAAUUUAUCCAAGAAAAUGAUCCUUACAGAUGUCUGCAGAAAAACAAAGAAAAGUUCUGCACAGAUUUCAAAGAUGUGUUUUAUGAAAGAGACCAAUGCCAGAAGAAAGCUGAAGAAUUCACAAACCAAUGUCUGAAACCUGCUGUUGAAAACUUCGUCUAUCGUUCUCUUGGUCUUGAUAUUGUUGAUAAAAUGAUGACAAAAGAGGAGUUCAGCACACGAAUGUCCUUCCAGUAUUCAAUUUUAUUGGAUCUGAUUUCAAAAAGUGAAUUUGAAAACUUUAAGAGUUACAUUCGCUCAUAUGCAGAUUAUGUAAAAUUGUGGAUAUCUGGUAGAAUAAAGGAGACAUUCUCAUUUGGGUCUACUCUAUGUGAGUUAGAGGACAAACAUCUUAAGUUCUGUGUAAACCACAUAAAUGAUGCCAUUACAAAGGUAAAAGCAGAAAACACUGACAGUCUGAGGACAUUUGUUGAAAAUAUCUGCAAAGAAGUUGGAGAUAAACUGGUAAUUUCCCAGGAUUUUCUUGAUGCCUUCAUGGUUCUGAACAAGUCUGACCAGGAACAGUUUGGUCACUGGCUCAACGAGUGUGUGCAGGAAAUGACAGAAGCUCUUAGAGAAAAGUUUAAAUCAACUGAGUUUGAAACAAAACUCUCACGACUCCACAUAAAACCAGAGAAUGAGCUUUUCACCAGAGUGAUUGGUUGUUGCAAACAGUGUCCAUUCUGCAAAAUACCUUGUGAUGCAGGUGGAGAAAACCACACUCAACACUUUGCUUCUCUGCAUCGACCAAAUGGUUUAGGUUUGAUCAAGUCGAAAGACUCAAAAAAACUCACGACUGACGUCUGCAAUUCUCUUGUUAUCAGUAACAAACGUUUUCGCUGCAGUGUCACAAACAAUGAAUGGUGUCCUUACACAAAAUAUAAGAAUUUUUUCUCAGACUGGGAUAUUCGUGCAGAUGUGAGCCUUGAAUCAUCAGAUUAUUGGAAAUAUGUGAUGGCCACAUACAAUAAGGAUUUUGCUGAAGCAUAUGAUGCACAACCUGCUGACAUUCCUGAUUCUUGGAAGACAAUCACAAUGGAAAAGGCAAAGAAAAGUCUCAAAGAGUCGUUCAACAUCAGCUGAAAUAUAACUCAUGUUGAGUUUUAAGAACACAAGUGGUUUUAAAAACCAGACCAGUUUUAAGAACUAGUUUCUAUUCUAUUACACUCUUAAUAAAAACUGGUAUUUCUAUUAAAAGUAUAAUAGAAAUGCUUUUGCAUGUAGAGUAUUUCUAUUAUUCUUCCCCCUAUUUUUGAAAGCCUGGAUAAUUUACACUUAGGGCUCAUCCUUUUCACUAAAGACAAAAUAAAUCACUUUAAGCCUGUUUUACUUUAGUUCCAUGUAUUUUUUAAUCAAUAAUCAUUUCUAAUUAAUGCAUUUUAUUGUUCUGUUUUUUUAUAAAUUUUGUUUACAAAGUAUCUUGUCUUACAGUACAGCGUUGUUAGAAAAUGGUCCGAAUGUGCAACUACAUUGGAUGGGUGAUUUCUUUGGUCAUUGCUGGAUUCUGUUGUUCCUGUUCUUGUUAUCAUGAUUGUUCUUCUUGGGUUGUGGUUAAUUCUCAAUACUUCCACCCUAUGGCUGCCUUUAUCUUGUUGUACUUUGGUGCAACAGGAUAAAGGCAACAGGAUAAUCAAUGCUUUCCAAAGCAUUGAUUAUCAAAUGAGACAAACAAUCUCUCUCUCUACAAUAUUCAUAAAGGGUGAGUAGCAGACUAUAAAGAACUGCUGCAAUUAGCUUAUCAAUCAGUUACAGAAACAGCAGCUCAAAUUUCAAGCUCAUAAUCCUGGCAGAGAUAACAUGACCUCAAUUAGAGUUGGUCAUGCAAAGUUUUGCAGAAGCCACCUGAAUCUUAUUUUUCCCAUUUCAACAUUUGAGCAUUUCUUUUUAGAUGUGUUUGGUGUUUUGAUUUUGAUAUAUUUAAUUUGUCUUAUUUUUCAUUGCUUGAAAGAAAUCUGUAAGAGAUGUAGCAUGUUAUUUGUCCAAUACAAACCCAGUUAAUGUGUAACCAUUAUGACUCAAUAAAUGGUAAUAAAAAA